GACGUGGACCCUGUGCGGGACGCCUGAGUACCUCGCCCCCGAGAUCAUCCAGAGCAAAGGGCACAACAAGGCGGUCGACUGGUGGGCCUUGGGGAUCCUCAUCUACGAGAUGCUGGCCGGCUACCCGCCCUUCUUCGACGACAACCCCUUCGGCAUCUACGAGAAGAUCCUGGGCGGGCGGGUGGAGUGGCCGAGGCACCUGGAGGCCACCGCCAAGGACCUCGUCAAGAAGCUGCUCACUCAGGAUCGCACAAAGCGCUUGGGAAACAUGAAGAAUGGUGCUGAAGAUGUAAAGAGACAUCGAUUUUUCAAGAACACAGACUGGGAUGAAGUUUACCACAAGAAAUUAAAGCCCCCCAUAGUGCCGAAGGUGAGCUACGAGGGUGACACGCGCAACUUUGACGAUUACCCUGAGAACAACUGGCGGUCGACGCAGGGAGUGUCUGACAUCGAGUUGGCGAUAUUCAGUGACUUCUGAGUGUUAUGGGUGUUGUGUAGUCUGUGAUCAAGGGAGACUCAUGUAAUUAUAAUCCGAGUUACGAAUGUUGCUAAACGGGUCAUGUACAACGAAUAUUUAUUGGUAAUUAAACGUAAUUUUACUUUGUAUAUUAUGUAUGCAUUAUAUAAGAUUUAGAUCUCAAAGAAAAGAAACAUGAAGAGAAAUUUAUAUGUUUAGAAAGAAGAUAACUACAUAAAAAGUUACAGAGAAUAGUUUUAUAUUUUGUGACACAUAACAAGGUUGUCUUGUGGAUAUUUUUUUCUCAGCUUUAUCACAGUAGAUUAUGAUGUCAUGCCACAUCAACACAACCUGAGGAAACCUCACAAGGCAUGAAGCAAACCAGCAUAGCAUUUGGUGGAUCAUAUUCGUUAGGCUUUAUCUGCAAUUUUUUGCCUCUGUCACUCGUUUUUCAUCUUGAUAUAUUUAUUCAACUGUGUUUUUUUUCUAUGCCGGUAACUUUUUUUUUUUUUUAAGAUAAGGAGAUUUUAAGCCAUGAAAGUUCUUUCUUUUUAUGUUCUACUUUUAUCCUGAAUAUCUCAAAGUGAUAUUACUGUCAACAUGAUCUUAGAUAUUUUUUCUUCUCAGAUAAGUACAUUUGUCUCAUUUGAUAGAUACAGAUGUUACACAUUCACAACUCACUGCUGUUCAAGAUUCACCAUAGGAAAAAAUGGUUAGCUCUCCUACACAGCUUAUCCUAAGUGGAGUGCCAGGACUUGUGUUGAAAAUGAGUUUAAAGGCAAGCAUAGGCAAACCAUUAGGAUGUUCUCCCAAACAGUAUCAAUUCCCUGGCAUCUAGUUGGCUUACACAAAGGUUAUGGAAUUGUAACUCAUCUGAUAUUUUUUUGCUACUGAUGUACCUCUGAUGCAGUCUUGAUGAAAAUGAUUUUGUGCAUGUACUUUUGCCUUGCACAAGUACUAAUGUCAGGCCUUUGUUGAUGCAAUGAAUAAUUGAAUUAUAUUUUGUUUUGUUUUUCAGUGCAAUAUUUAUUUCCAUUUUACUGAAAUCAUUAUAAGAUUUAAGAAAGAUAGCAUUUAUGUUAUAGCUAGUGCAAAAAGCUUCCAUUACUUGUAUUAUCAGUAAAACUUUGCCCGCCCAAUCAGUUAUAAGUUGUCUAUAUUCAAGUUAUUGUUAAAAGUAUUUUUUUUUAUUCUGAAAGGUUUACAAGAGUCCCCCCCCCCCAUAGAUCUGCUAAUGACAUCCACACUUUUAUAGAUAUCAAAAAGACUUUGCAGAUUAGCACACAGCCAAUAGGAAGCUGUUUCUUUUCUGUUCAGUAUGAUAAACCAACUCAGGCUCAUGGAAGAUCAAUUUGGACUUGAAUUUGCAUGGCUGAAUAUAUGUUGUUUCCAGUGCGUACAAUGGCAAGAUGUCAGAGUGCUUCCAGAUGUUAAAUUUGUGAUGCAGAAAAAAGUACAAUAAUAGAGAACUCUUUGUGCCUCAUAUAUCCUGGAAUGUAACUAGUCUCUGCUAAUUACAGUGUGAUUACAUUGCAAGCUUUCACUCUAUUAAUGUCCAAUUUCCUUUGUCCACAUUUAACCAAGAUCUAAAAUUUCAAUCUUUCCUAAAAAAAUAAACGAUUCUCCACAGCCUUAUGUGUUGUGUGUGUGCAGGUAAUCUCACCAUGUUGUACACACACUCUAAAAAGAGUAUGCACACAAUUCUCAGGGUGACACUUAAUGUAUACAUGAUUAUGGCAUGUCAUACCUGAUGUGUAGAUUUGGUUACACCCUUAAUAGGUCCUGAUUGCAAAACUUAUCUAGAGCAUGUAAACAUCUUUUUCACAGUGUGCACAUGUAAAGUAUAUGAUACAUAUGCAUGCAGUGCUUAUUACACACCCAUUACCAUAGUGCACCAACACAUGCCAUCACUCUUGUCUCCAGAAUAUGGUCACAAGAGAUUAUCCAGAGAGAUUAUCCAUUUUAUCCAGAUUACCCAACUGACCUCAACACUGGAUCACAUAAUAUAGAUUACGCAGACAUCCACUGUCAUGCAUUCACCCCUGUAUAUUAUCAGUCUCAUAAUCUCAUUCAUCAUGAAUAAUGUUUCCUUUUUCCAUUUGUGCAACAGACUGUUGACUCAGGGAGAGGCAAAGAAGGGAUGUGAGGUGUUACAGUACAUCAAGAUGUGUCAGCAGUAUAGUUUUUAUUUCAUACUCCAUAAACAUUUUGAAUUUCAAAGCCCUUCAUGGGUAGAUGAUCAACUACCACUGGGAAUCAUGAAUGGCAUGACACAGGAUGGCUUCCAGUACUAUAGUUAGCAUUUUUAUGUUCAUGUUCUUAAUGUCCUUUCUUAUUCCUUUGUACUAAUUUAUUUGCCAAAAGAUUGAAAAGGGACAGACAAGCAUUUUUGUCAAGGUAAACAUGCCAUUGUUUUUACAGUUUCCUUAGUUAUUGAUCCUUCAUUACCUGAAGCCCCAAUAUAGCUUUGUUUGAAAAUGGUGAGUCACAUUUGCAAGCAGAAAGACAUUUCAUCACAGCAAAAUUGUAUUCUGUAAAUAUAUAGCAUUUGAAUUAUG